GACGCGACGCAGCCAACAACAACAAAGGCGCGCGAGAGGAGGCGCCGCGGAGAGGAGGAGGAGGAGCCGGCCCCACGUGCCCUUGCCUUCCCCUUCCCUUCCCUCUCCCCACUCCCCGAUCCGCCCGGUCCGUUGGCUCGCUCGCUCCUCCCUUCCGCGGAGCACAGGCGACGGCCCCAUCCAUCUCCGGCGUGUUCGCGCCUCCGUUUCCCAGAAUCGGCUUACCUUGGGGCGAGCAAUGGUGUGGCACACAUGCUGUGCGGACGAGUACUGGUGAAGAAGCCUUAGCAAUCCUAAUGACGAUGGGCGUGGUCUCGAGGGAGUUGUUGCCGGCAUGCGAGAGACUCUGCUUCCUUUGCCCGUCCCUGCGGACGAGGUCCCGCCAUCCGGUCAAGCGGUACAAGAAGCUGCUCGCAGAAAUCUUCCCUCGGACACAGGACGAAGGACCAAAUGACCGCAAGAUAGGGAAAUUGUGUGAAUAUAUUUCAAAGAAUCCAAUGCGCGUUCCAAAGAUUACAGUUUAUUUAGAGCAAAAGUGCUACAAAGAAAUGAGAGCUGAGCGUUUUGGCUCAGUGAAAGUUGUCAUGGCAAUCUAUCGAAAGGUGAUAUGUUCUUGUCAGGAGCAACUGCCACUUUUUGCCAAUAGCUUGCUAACAAUUGUGGAGACCUUAUUGGAGCAAAAUAGACAGGAUGACUUGCGGAAAAUAGCAUGCCAAACACUUUUUGACUUUGUAAACAAUCAGGUUGACAGUACAUACAUGUUCAAUUUAGAGAGCCAAAUUCCUAAACUAUGUCAUCUGGCCAAAGAGAUGGGUGAGAAGGAGAAGAUAUGUAUUCUUCAUGCAGCUGGGCUCCAAGCUCUUUCAUCUAUGAUUUGGUUUAUGGGUGAACACUCCCAUAUCUCUGCAGAACUUGAUAGCGUUGUCUCUGCAGUUCUGGAAAAUUAUGAGAGCCUAUAUGCAAAUUCUGAUAAUAAUGAUGCCACUGUUGAGGAUAGACGAAUUCGGUGGGUGAGUGAAGGUCACGAACCUCCUGCUAUUACCAUUUUGACAAGGGUUCCUUCAUGGAAAGAUAUUAGAGCUGCCCACGGUGAAUUAAGUUUGACAAUAGAAGAAUCAGAAAGUCCAAAUUUUUGGUCAGGGAUUUGUCUGCACAACCUUGCUAGAAUAUCCAGGGAAGCAACUACAGUCCGACGAGUUCUGGAAACUAUAUUCCGUUAUUUUGAUAAUAACAAUCUGUGGUCACCUUCCAGAGGAUUUGCACUGCGUAUCCUUCUGGAUAUGCAAAUUGUGAUGGAGAAAUCUGGACAGAACACACAUAUAUCGUUGUCUAUGUUAGUCAAGCAUCUUGAACACAAGAAUGUAUUGGGACAACCGGAUAUGAUUUUAGAUAUCAUUGAAGUUACAGCACGGCUUGCUGAACACUCCAAAGCUCAGUCUUCUACAGCACUAAUGGCUGCGAUAAGUGAUAUGGUCAGGCAUUUGGGUAAAAGCAUGCAAUCCUUUGUCAGUGAUGCAGGUCCUGGAGACAACAUGGUCAAAUGGAAUAACAAAUACGGAAAAGCUGUAGAUGAAUGCCUUGUUCAGUUGUUUAGAAAGGUUGGUGAUGCUGGGCCUAUCCUUGAUACAUUAGCUGUGGUACUGGAGAACAUUUCAAGUUCUACAACUGUUGCACGGUCAACUAUCUCUGCAGUAUAUCGGACAGCUCAAAUAGUUGCAUCAUUGCCAAACUUGUCACAUCAGAGCAAGGCAUUUCCUGAGGCAUUGUUCCAUCAAUUGCUUUUAGCAAUGGUCUAUCCAGAUUGUGAGACACAUUUAGGAGCACAUCAGAUUUUCUCUGUUGUUCUUGUUCCCUCUUCUGUCUCUCCGUGCCCACUUUCAGGCACUUCACAGACAUGCAAGAUUGAUCUUCAAAGGACGUUAUCUAGGACAACGUCAGUGUUUUCAUCAUCUGCUGCUUUGUUCGGGAAAUUAAAAAGAGACAUGUUUUCAUUUCGUGAAAGUCCCUUCCUGGAUAACACGAAGCUAAUGCCCAUCGGUGAGAAUGCAAACCAGAUCAGUGCAAAUGAUGCAAAAUUGUUCAAGUCGCAGACUAUUCAAAGGAUGGCUAGCACAAAAGAUCCUUCGUUUCCCUCUUCAACUGAUUCUAGCACUUUGACUGGACCUAAUCAGGAAAAGGAUGCUGUCACCCUCAUGCUGAAUGUUCGUCAGGCGAACCUUCUACUUUCCUCCUUAUGGACUCAGGCACUGUCACCUGAAAAUGUUCCGCGAAACUAUGAAGCAAUUUCUCAUACUUUCAGCUUGAUGCUACUGUUUUCUGGAGCCAAGGGCUCAGUUAUCGAAGUUUUGGUUGGUAGCUUUCAGCUUGCUUUUUCAUUAAGAAGCAUUUCAUUACAAGCAGGUUUUCUUCCACCAUCACGCAGGCGCUCUCUUUUUACUUUGGCAACUUCUAUGCUCGUGUUUUUUUCAAAAGCUUUUAACAUUCCGUCUCUAGUUCCGAUUGUGAAACAUGCGUUGACGGAAAGUACAGUUGAUCCAUUUCUUCGUUUAGUUGAAGACUGCAGACUACAGGCUCUUGAUAGAGCAGCUGAACCUUGCUCGAGAGUUUAUGGUUCAAAAGAAGAUGACGAUCUUGCUCUGAAAUCCAUCUCCAACAUUGACAUGAAUGAAGAUCAGUCAAAAGAAGCAUCAGUGUCUCUUAUACUUAAUAGCUUGGAAGAUCUAUUAGAGUCGGAAUUGUCUACUAUAAGAAAACAACUGCUUGAGGAGUUUUCAGCAGAUGACGUCUGUCCUCUGGGAUCUUAUUUUACUGACACACCUUCAAAAUCUCCAGCACAUAAUGCAAAGAUGCACCAAAAAUCUUUUGAGGUUAUUCCAUUGGGAUUUGUUUUUGAAGAUGAUACAGUUGUUGAACCAUCUGACAGCUUAGCAGAACCUCAGCUGCAACAUCCGUUAGAUAGCAGCCUUCUUGAUGUCAAUCAGCUUCUCGAAUCAGUUUUGGAAACAUCUGCGCAUGUUGGAAGAUUGUCAGUGUCAACAAACCACGACUUGCCUUUCAAGGAGGUAGCCAACAAUUGUGAAGUACUUUUAACGGGAAAGCAGCAAAAACUAUCUGUCUGCAUGAGUGUCCACCAAAAAGAGGAUGGUGAAUCAUCCACGGAGAAGCUCGAGUCAUCUCAGCAGGUUUCUCACAUGGAUAGGUUUCUGUGCACAACUGAUGAACAAUGCCACUCCAAUUUCUGUAAGCUACCAGUGCUGAGUCCCUAUGAUCAGUUCCUUACAGCUGCUGGCUGCUAAGCUGACUGCUGCUGGGAUGUACAUAUUGGCCCGAUAUCUAUAACUGACGAUGUGAGGACGACUUACACCUGGAAAAAAAAUCAGUAUAUGGUGGUUCUAGCUCGAUGCAUGCUAAAAUCGGACGAUUUCGAUGGCUCCCUUUUCGGAUGUCUAUUGGGACAAGGGUUUGAUCGAGCCUUGUUAUUGGUGGCAGAGAGGAGCGUGCAGGAUGCUAUGAUUCCGUUGUUUGUAAAUGAUCCCGUCCGCUCACAGAAAAAGUAACAGCGUCAUGCCUCCACCAGUUGUUUGCCUACUCCCGACCCGUGACACCAUGGGAGAUGUAAUUCUGAUUCCAGAAUCAGUUAGUCGGUUUUGUGCAAUCCGUUAGAUUUAUAAUGUAAUUCUGUCAUUAACCAGCUAUCCCACAAAUGUAACUGCGCUAAUUGGGUUCGCCUAUUGUGUCAUUGAUAUAUGUAUAUACAUGACAGAAAAAUCC